GCAAAACUAGGGCAAAGGGUUCAUUUAUAUCAGUGUACGGAGAGAACGGGGAAAUGCAGCAGUCACCACAAAUGUUGAGUGGUGCUCCUUCAAUGCUUCCCACUACAAAUAUCACAACUGAACAAAUUCAGAAGUACCUGGACGAGAAUAAAGAAUUGAUUCUGGCGAUAAUAGAAAAUCAAAACCAGGGAAAAUUUUCUGAGUGUGCCCCGUAUCAUGCCCAACUUCAGCAGAACUUAACGUAUCUAGCUAAAAUUGCUGACGCCCAACCACAAGUACAAACGAUACCUUCUCAGACGCCCUCUCAUUCUGCAGUGCAACAAGGGCAUGCCAUGCAGCAUCCCCAGGCAACAAUGUCUCAGCAACAAGAAGGUCAUUUUGCCCCAAAGUUGCCUUUUCAAUUGGAUGAUCAGGCUCAACAUCAGCACCAACAACAAGCACACUACCUCCAGCAACAGCAACUCAUCCAAGGGCAGAUGGGCGUGAGACCAGGAGGAACAAGUUCCAUGUAUCAGGCCAUGCAGAGUCGCUUUGGAAAUAAUUUGUUUGGUUUGCAGGGAAGCAAGCAAGAUAGCUCAGAGGCCAGUGCUGGAGAUUUUCUUGGAAGGUUAGCUUCCAAACCGAAUGGAAGUACAGAGUAGUAAGCAAGAUAAACCAAGUCAUUUAUAAUUUUCCUGUUUUCCUACACUUCUACUUUCUCCCACAAUUUCCCUCAUCUGGGCUCUACAAUAGUCAUCUUAGGACUUCUGAAGUAGUCUCUUUUUCCCUGAAACCGAAAGUAGCUGUAGAAUGGUGCUAAACAUUGCUUUUGAGAAAGUCGUUUUUAUCAAUUACAAAAUUGGGGCAAAGCAUUUUCUUUUA